CGACUGGUUUCCAACGUAAUUAGAACAGUGAAAAUAAAUGUUGUCAUACCCGUGGUAUACGGUCUCAUAUACCACGGAUGUCAGCCAAUCAGCAUUCAGGGCUCGAAACACCGAGUUUAUCAUUUCUUAUAAAAUAUGGGUGAAACUUUGCUUCGGUAUACAGUUCUCGAGCUCGUUAUUUGUGUUGCUUCGCGCAUCGUACUCGAGCCAGGGUGGACUCGCGCCAGGUAAAAACCUUAGCCUAAUGCGCAAUAUAUUCGAAAAUGCAAACAAAAUACACCAGCGACAUCAUUUAGGAAAUUAAGGUUGUGAACACAGUUUUGAACAUCAGAUCGACAAUUAUAUUCUAGUGUAUUAGUGUGGCUACGAUGCCAUCAUUAGAGCACAGCGUGAUCUGCUUGGUUUCCAGAGCAUGGAAAGAGAGAAAUGAAAUAGGCUACUGCCGAGGUCUGAUGAUGCGUCUGUGACAAUAGUAAAAGUUGUGUGUUGUGUUGGGGGAUGCGCUCAAGUCUGUGGUAGACAAGUUUGAAACCUUCCGGUGUGUUGUGUUUAUGAGGAGCCUCCUCGUGUGUGUUGUUGCAUGAGCUGGCUGCUGUCUCCUCUAUAAGCAGAGAUCUCAGAAAAGGUAAAACUGUGAAACCGCGACCAAAUAUAUCACAAAAUGUAUUAGCUAUAUCUCACAAUGGGGUGUAUUUGCUGUGUCAGAAUGUUUCUAUAUUUCGUACAUUUGCAUUAUUCAACAAAGUUCUAUGUGGGGGACCUCGUAACCCUGUGACAUACUGUAGCUCGCUCUCCCUGCGUGAGAGGUGCGCACUUUGACAGACAGUCCAAGUCAGAGGGGUUUAGGAACAUAGACACAGUUUAGAAAUGUGCCGUUAUUCCCCUUUAAAGGCACUACCCUGGUCAAAGGUAGUGCUCUAUAUAGGGAAUAGUGCCAUUUCGUACGCAACCCGGAUCACCCUGGAACACACUCAGGACAAAGUCAAACCACAGGCUGUAGCUAUAUUAGAGGGUGGUUCUGUGGCUACGAUAAGGUUCCAGUUUCCACCAUGUGUGUUGUGUACUACUACGGUGUGGCUCUCCUGGCUCUGCUGGCAGUGAGCAGGGUGACCGCGGCACCGACGACUGAGCCACCGACUGAGGAAGACUGUGGUAAAAUGGUCAAACCACUCCCUGCCGACAAGCUCAACACGGUCUUUGGUGAAUGGAUUCUCAUCGAGGCGUUUUCAGAUGAUGAAGGUUAUGCCGAAAAACUGAAAAUGGGAAAAAGCUCCAAGGUGGAACUACGAGCAACAUCAAGCGACAAGAGUGUGCUUUUCAAACAGGGAAACAUGAUUGAUGACACCUGUGUUAAUUACUCCAUAAUGAAUAUGUCCAUUGUAGAGAACACCAUACAGCAGUUAAAGGAUAAUGGAAUUUCCAAGGCUCACUUCCUGCAAGCCUGCCCUGACUGUCUCGUCAUGCACUUCAGUAACACCAUUACCGUAGCAGGAGUGCCCAUCCGAAUGGUCCGAUCUUUCUAUAUCUUUGGAAAGACUGGCAAACUGCAUGAAUCAGAGCUAGAGCCAAUCAGAAAACAAGCCGAGUGCCUCAAGUUCCCUCAACCUGCACAGUUCAUCUAUGAUGGCGUUGCAGAGUUUUGCCCCGAGACAAAGAAGAAUGAGACCAAAUAAAACUAAGAGCUGGAAUAUGGAAAACUGGAGCUAUAAUCAUGUUCACAGGAGAUAUUGUUAGGAGAGACAUAAAACUGACUGAAAUAUUUUGCUAGUUUUCAUUUAAUUUUUUACUAUUAAUGGUGAAAUCUGCACUGUUAUGGGUUGUGUCUCACUCACUCAGACUCAAACAUUAGUAUAACUGCCUGUCACUCAUUUGACACAAGAUCUAGCAGAAAAUCAGCCUGUUUGUAUGAAGCCUGUGUUUCUCACCAUCUUUCAUUCAUAACCUAUUGACAUGUCUAUGUUGUCUGUAGUACCUCGUUAUAUCAAAUCAAUUGUGUAGAAAAAGUAACCACACUGGAAUAAAAAACAGCUGUUCCAAAAA